GCACUUCACCUUAGCAUCGGACAAAGCGAGAUCAUUUUAUUUAUUUCAGCAAAUAAAUGUUUGUUUAUUUUUUUCAAAAUUGUUUUCUACAUAUGUCGCUUGGAAUAAUUUUCCAUUUUGUCGAAAUUCCAAGUUUAAAAAAGUAGCCAGAAGAUGGGCGUGAUAAAGCAAUAUAUUGCCGGCCUAUCAGCAGCGUUUGGUGCCUUCUGCUUGGGCGCCUCGAUUGGAUGGUCGGGACCCAUGGAGCAGCCUAUCGUUUCGGGUGACGCAUACAAAUUUUCGGUUAGCGGCGAUGAUUGGGGCUGGAUCACUUCGAUGUUGACAUUUGGCGCUGCCUGUAUGUGCAUCCCAGUUGGCAUUCUGAUUGCCGCCUUUGGACGCAAGCUGAUCAUGUUAAUACUGGUCAUACCAUAUAUGAUCGGAUGGAUAUGCAUCUUUGCCGCCAGAAAGGUGUUCAUGCUGUACUUGGGGCGAUUCAUAGUUGGCGCCUGUGGCGGCGCCUUCUGUGUCACAGCGCCCAUGUACACCACAGAGAUUGCCCAAUUGGAAGUGCGUGGCGUUAUGGGUUGUUUCUUCCAGCUGCUGAUUGUGCAUGGCAUCCUUUAUGGUUUUAUUGUGGGCGGACUCUUUUCUCCAAUUCUCGUCAACAUCUUGUGCGGCAUAUUGCCAGUGAUAUUCUUUCUGAUAUUCAUGUGGAUGCCCGAAUCACCCGUUUAUCUCGUCCUGAAGGGCAAAACCGACUUGGCAGAGAAUUCAAUGAAAUGGUUGCGUGGCAAGGAUGCGGAUAUCAGUGGAGAGAUGUCCGCCAUGGCUGCGGAGGGUAAAAAGGAGAAGGCCACCGUUAAGGAAGCAUUCUCCCGUAAGACCACACUCAUUGGACUAUUUAUAGCCAUAGUGCUGAUGUUGCUGCAACAAUUGACGGGCAUCAAUGCGAUACUCUUCUAUGUGACCAGUAUUUUUGAGCAGGCCGGCACAGGAUUAUCGCCAUCGGCGUGUACAAUUCUAAUUGGAGUUGUUCAAGUGUUUGCAACAAUUGUCGCAAUAUUGCUUAUCGAGAAAGCUGGACGCAAACUGUUGCUACUGAUAUCGGCUGCAGUCAUGGCUAUCACCACCUUUGUGAUGGGUCUCUAUUUUCAGAUUCUAAUGGAAAAGAAUGUUGGCUGGUUGCCCGUGUUGGCCAUUAGUUUAUUCAUCAUUGGCUUCUCGCUGGGAUUUGGUCCAGUGCCUUGGCUAAUUAUGGCCGAACUCUUUGCAGAGGAUGUGAAGCCGGUUUGUGGUGCUGUCGUUGGCACGAGCAGUUGGCUCUUUGCUUUCUGUGUGACGAAAUUGUUUCCGACUUGUCUGGAUGUUUUCGGUCCCGCCGCAUCAUUUUGGAUAUUUACCGCUUUUGCAGUUGCCGCCUGUGCCUUCAUUUUAUUCUUUGUGCCGGAGACAAAGGGUAAAACAUUGGAUGAAAUCCAGGGCUUACUUGGCGGUUAGCUAAUUCAGAUGAUUGCAGCAUUAUAUAUAUCGUAUGAUAUAUAUGUGUAUAUAUUGGAAAGGAUCCAUAUGUGAUGCACGAAUUGAUGUAAUGCGAGUAGUUGUGUGAGAGAAGGGACUUGAGCAGUAUUGCAGAUAUUAUAUACAGAUAAUUCUAAUGUUAACGAGAUGUGUAAAGAUGAGUAAAUGUGCUGAUUUCAGAUUUAUUGGUAAGGUCA